AUGAAACAGGCUUUGUGCCAUUGGGACUUAGGCUCAGAAGGUCGACGUGCUGGUACACUCCUCAACAGCGGCUGGUUCACUGGUGAUGGUUGGUUCCUCAAUGGUGGCCGCCUCAAAAACGGCUGGUUCCUCAACGGCUCUUCGACGGUGACGGCAUCAAUCUGCCCCCAAAGUCGUCUCGUCCCUGUGACCGUCGACCUUCACAUCAUCAUCCGCAACCUCAUGCGUCCACGAAUUCACUGUCGUUUCCCAACAAAUCGUCAAAUUGCCGCUCUGUCGCUGUCGCUGAUGGAGAGAGUGCUGGCGCCAUUUACGAUGUACAGCGAACUGAAGGAAGCUACUAUGGACUCAGAAUUUGACAAGGUGUUCGCGCGCUUACAGAUGGAGUGGACCUAUAUCGGAGGUUUGCUAGUCGCAAUAGCAGCGUAUGUACAUUCGACUUCGUUCCCGGAAGGAGUUGCUAAUGUCACUUACAUCAGUGUCGAUACAGCCGUCUUCUCCAUCUCCCAAGGGUCACUAUUCAAUGUCAACUUCUACGCUCGGCGUGCUAUUGCUACGAGCAGCAUUGCAUCUGGUCUCGGCAUCGCAUGUGACGCCUGGUUUCUCUUGCAAUAUAACUGGGCAGACCUACAGACAUUCAUUGCUCGUGCUCGGGACGUAUACGGCUCUUACUUCUUCUUCUCCCUCUCAGCGCGUGUCCCAGGCCUCUGCAUGUUCACCUCCGCCCUCUCCCUCAUGCUCUUCCUCGAGCUUGUGGCUUUCGACGCCUGGCCAGAAGUUUUUGGUUUAUGGCGCGCAUUGCACUGGGGCUCGUCCUUCAUGCGGGGCGGCUGA